AGUAUCGGCGUAGUUAGGGGUCAGACUAUUAAUGUAUUAAACAAAAGUAUUGACCAGUUUUUAGGUAUACCUUUCGCCGAACCUCCCGUGGGAGGGCUCAGGUUUAGAAAGCCUCAACCAAUCAACACUCCAUUUAAGGAAGUAAUCGAUGCAACAAAACCUAAAAACAGUUGUUUCCAGAAUAGCGUGACAGCCCUUCCCGUCAUUCAGAGCGAAGACUGUUUAGUACUAAGCAUAUGGAGUCCGAGUAAAGGGAACGGUAGAAAAACGGCCUCAAAACCUGGUCUCAAACCUGUCAUGUUUUGGAUACAUGGAGGGAGUCUGAGAAUAGGCUCCAUAUUCACGCCGACUGGGGACGGGAGCGUACUGUCCACUCAGGAUAUGGUGGUCGUGUUCACCAACUAUAGAGUGGGACCAUUCGGGUGGCUAUACGGCGGAACUGAGAAUGAGCCUGGUAACUUGGGACUUUAUGAUCAAUUGCUGGCUUUGAAAUGGGUGAGAGAAAACAUUGAAAAGUUUGGUGGCGAUCCCAAUCAGAUGACAAUUUUUGGUGAGAGCGCCGGUAGUUGGUCCGUAUCGGCCCAUGUUUUGUCUCCCUUAUCAAGGGGUUUAUUCAAGAGGGCUAUACUAGAGAGCGGCACCUUAUUAGGCAAUAAAGACGUCAGGGGUUUGACCACAGAGUCGGCACUCAUUCAGUCCAAACAAAUGGCCAAAUCAUUCAACUGUUCCGAUGAUCACCAAUGGUUGCAGUGCCUGAGAGAUGUUGAUCCCAAGGAGUUGACAGUAUAUAUGAACUUACAGCCCUACCCUCUACACGACUCUCAAUUUUUGCCGAUCAGUGCACAGCAAGCAUUCAAAACACAUGAUUAUAGCACAGACAUCGAUAUACUGAUGGGUAUAGUGCGGGACGAGGGCUCACUUCUGGCGCAUUUAUUUUACCCCAAAAGUGAUUCAUUGAAUUCAUCGCAAGAAUUUGAGGCUUUGGUCAAAACAGUGGCCAUCCCUCAGUUGGACGCGAAGGCAAUCACAGAGUUUUAUCUGAAAGGAGUCGACACCAGUAGUGCCGACGCUCUUAAGAAGGCUUUCUGGAGGUUUUACGGCGACGUCCGGAUGAUAUGUCCCACAUAUCUGUUCGCCAAACAAUUUGCAAAGUCUUCGCCAAAAAGUAAUGUCUUUUUCUACGACUGGACGUACGGAUCAAAUAUAUUGGGACCACUAAUUGGCUGCACUAAAGACAUGGGCGUAUGUCAUGGCGGGGAAGUGGAGUAUGUGUUCGGAUUGCCUAUACUUAUGCAUACAAAUGACAGUGAAUUCAGUGAAAAUGUGAUCAAAAUGUGGACUAAUUUUGCUAAAAAGGGUAAUCCAAUGGAUAACAACAAAUGGCCCCGACUUAUAGAGACCGGUAGGCUAAGGUCGAGGUCGGUGCCCAAAAUCAAAGAGAUCAACCCGUCAGCACCCGACCAUAUAAUGGAGAACCCAUUUGCAGAGACUUGCGAUGGCUUUUGGAGUAAUUAUUUCACAUCCGAUCAAAAUAGGAGAGGAAUUCAGUGGUUAAAUGACGGAAAAAAUCAUACCAUUCCUCUCAGUAUGAUUAACCGGUUAAUGGGCUGAUCACUGGAAAUAAAUAGAUGAAAAAAUUACAUUUUUAAAGUGUCACUACUUUCUUAAAUGA